AUGUAUCUUCUAUCAUGCUGGUAUCCACGCAAAGAGCUAGCAUUGCGUACCGCUGUCUUGUACUCUGGUGUCCUCCUCGCCACGGCAUUCUCGGGACUUAUUGCUGCUGGCGUGCUCUCGGGCCUCGAGGGCGCAAGGGGCAUUGCUGGUUGGCAGUGGCUGUUCAUCAUCGAAGGCGCUGGAAGUUUUACCGCAGCGCUCCUGGGGUUCGCACUGCUUCCUGAUUUUCCUGGACAGAAGUCAGGUGUUGCCAAAUGGCUGCUCACAGAUGCUGAGCAAAGAGUCGCGGUUGAGCGUAUUCGACGAGAUCGGGUUUCUUUGCCAGAGGCAGACUCGAGUGUCUGGAAUGGGUUGAAACUUGCCAUCAAAGACCCCCCCUAUGGCUUCAACAAUUUCUUCCCGACGAUCGUCAAGGGCUUCAAGCUUGGUAGCAACACCUUGACUCUCAUCCUGACGGCGCCGCCGUACCUUCUUGCCACUGUCGUGGCAUUCACAACAGCAUGGUCUUCCGAUCGUCGUAAAGAGCGUGGCUUCCACAUUUCCGUGCCACAGGGCGUCGCGUGUGUUGGGUUCAUCAUCUCGGUCUCCACAGUCAAUACAGUCGCUCGUUACUUUGCUGCAUUCCUUUACAUCUGCGGAUGCUUUUCCUCCAAUGCCAUGGUCUUCUCGUGGGCUAGCUCCACGCUGAAUCAAACUCCAGAGAAGAGGGCGUGUGCAACAGCCAUCAUUAACCUCCUCAGCCAACUAGGCAAUAUCUGGAGCCCAUACUUCUUCCCUUCGAAUGACGGGCCUCGAUAUGCUAUGGCUAACUUGCUCAUGAUGGCUUCAUCGGCCUUGAGUAUGGUCACAUGCGUGAUCAUGAAGAUCAUGCUUACCAGAGCCAACAAAACCCUCAAGGGAGAAGGCAGGGAUACAACACUGUUCACAUUGUAA